CGGCAGUUUCGGUCCUGUGAUUUUCGUUUGUGAAAGAGUUAGGAGUUAAUAACUUGUGGCAUUCCGUAAAGCCAUCUUUUUGGCACUAUUCUGCCCGGAGGCGCAUCCGCCCACCGAAGUCACUAAAGUGCGGGCCCUGCCGAGUGAACCGUUCACACGAAAACAGUUUUGGUGCGGAAUGAAAAGCAGCACAUUGUACGAUCCCGAAGACCAGCCACGAAAAGCACAUCUUUUUGACAAGAUGGCCGCCGAUGACGAGCUCAACGUUGAGGAAAUGCUUGAAGCACCGUACAAAAAGGAGGACGAAGCGUCUCCGGUAAACAAUGGCACCGGCAAUGGCGAGAAAAAAUCAAAGGAAAAUGGGCACAGCAAAUCAUCAUCCGGCCGCUCGCGAGACCGUGAUCGUGCCCGAGAACGUGAUCGUGAACGAGAUCGUGAUCGUGAGCGCGAAAAGGAUCGGGACAAGGAUGGCGGUGAAGGUCGCUCGCGAAAGGAGCGCUCGCGCUCACCGCGACCACGCGACAAGGAGCGUCGCCGCAGCAAAGAUAAAGAUCGCAGCAAAUCCCGUUCACCUCACCCAGAGCGCUCCAAGGAUCGCAAGGAUAAGGAGCGUGGAAAGGGUGGGGGCGAUCACCACCACCGUGUACCGGAGAAGCGACGUUCCCGUGAUCGUGCAACUGAGCACCGACGCCGGUCCCGUGAACGCGACAACCGCCGUCGAAGCCGAUCGCGUGAACCGGGCCGACGGCGGCGAUCAAUGUCGCCGAAACCUUUCAGGCGGGGAGGGCGAGGUCUUGGUUACGGUAACUAUCGGGGCGAUCGCUCUCCACCGGAAGAGAUCAGCCAAGAAGAUCGCGAUGCACGGACCGUAUUUUGUAUGCAACUAUCCCAGCGCAUCCGAGCCCGUGACCUCGAAGAGUUCUUUUCGAGUGUGGGAAAGGUGCGGGACGUUCGGUUGAUCACGUGCAACAAAACGAAACGGUUCAAGGGAAUCGCGUACAUCGAAUUUAAGGAUCCAGAGUCGGUCGCGCUAGCGCUCGGUUUGUCCGGCCAGCGGCUACUUGGAAUUCCGAUCAGCGUGCAGCACACGCAAGCCGAAAAGAAUCGCAUGGCCAACCAACCGCCGCCACCACCACCAAAGAACCCGGUCGGACCGAUGCGACUGUACGUGGGUUCGCUUCAUUUCAACAUCACCGAAGACAUGCUGAGGGGCAUUUUCGAGCCAUUCGGGAAAAUCGAUAACAUCCAGCUGAUCAUGGACACGGACACGGGCCGUUCGAAAGGAUACGGAUUUAUCACCUUCCACAAUGCCGACGACGCAAAGAAAGCCCUGGAGCAGCUGAACGGUUUCGAGCUUGCCGGUCGCCCGAUGAAGGUUGGCAACGUGACCGAGCGGCUGGAUGUGACCACACACGCUUCGCUCGACACAGACGAGAUGGAUCGUAGCGGCAUUGAACUCGGUGCCACGGGACGAUUGCAGCUCAUGUUCAAAUUAGCAGAAGGAGCCGGUCUCGCAGUGCCCCGUGCUGCGGCCGAUGCCCUCCUGGCGACGGCGCCCCAACCCAUUCCACAGCAACCCAUCCAACAGUCGCCUCCGAUUGCCACCCAGUGCUUCCUGCUGUCGAACAUGUUCGAUCCCAGCACGGAGACGAACCCGAGCUGGGACGUGGAAAUACAGGACGACGUCAUAGAGGAGUGCAAUAAGCACGGUGGAGUGCUGCACGUCUACGUCGAUAAGCUGUCCCCCGCUGGCAAUGUGUACGUCAAGUGUCCCAACAUUGCGACGGCCGUGCUAGCUGUGAACGCACUGCACGGUCGGUGGUUCGCUGGACGCGUGAUCGGUGCGGCGUACGUGCCACUGGUCAACUAUUACAACCUGUUCCCCGAUGCUGCCCAAAUGGCGACGCCCUUGCAACCGAAAAGAUUGGGUUGAACCACAAAAUGUGAAGUGUAGAGACGAGAGAUAACUCUCGUUUGAUUCUUUUGCUUGACUAACCGAAUUCGAAACUUUUGAUCGCUUUCAAAUGUGAACAGCAAUAGUCGUAUUCUUGCGACGGGUCUCUCGUGGGUUGUUGUGUUGCAACCAAGCUAAUACAAAGGGGAACUGCUACGGAUCGAUUUCUUUGAGUAACAUGUGAUAGAAGGUCGCAGAGCCACCCCAGCCCCAAGUACACCCACUUUCGUGUGUAUUAAUAACUAUCCGUUUGAUAGGAUGUUUGGAUGACAACAAAUUGAUUGAUAAUUUCGGAGCAUUCGAAAAAGGACAACAUGGCCCAUUCAUAGCAGAAUGCCUGUAUUAGGCAUUUGUGUAUUGCGCACUUUGCGAAGUCUCUGUGUGGCAAGCAAUUGGAUGGCGUGUUAGUAACAUUGUAACAUUGUAGUAAUAGUAAGAAAACCAAACUAACAAGUUAAACAACAGCCUUGUACAAAAGAUGCAUUGAAUCCUGUGUAUCUCGUUGGGCGGGAAGCGAAUCUGAAAGGCCGCCGUCAAUUUCUUAUCCUUAGUAAUAAAACACUUCGCAUUGGGUAUUCGCGUGCUAAAAGGGGGACAUAAGAGGCAAAUGGUUCGAAGGACAGGAGUAAAGGUGUCAUUAAUUAUUAUUAUUAAGAUAGUGUUAGGAAUUUUAGCAUGACUAGGCGAGGUUCGCACAGUGUACAGCCGAUGACGCUGUAGUUUGUGUGAAGGAGAAAAUUAGCAGAAGCGAAGAUACUAUCGAAGAACGCGAUCGUUGUAUUUUUGUUGCCCAAAAACGAAACAAGAAAUAAAUUUAAAGUAUACUUUAUUGCUUUUACUCAGA